AUGCCCAUGGAAAUGGACGAUCGACAUUAUGGAUCGAAAAAGGGAAAAUUGUGGAACACAAAUAUGUCAGUGUGGCAGUAUGCUGUCUCCAGCAUUAGUCAGAGGACAGUGGAUGUCAGGCUCCAGCCGCGAGCGGCGUCGUCUCCAUGGCGACGCAGCGUCUACAGCUCUGUGCUCCGAAACCCGCGCGAACCUCCAGCUGGACUGGCCUUCGGUGACAGUCCUUCAGAUGAUCGGCGUGAGAGGGACGCAAGCAGUUUUGGCCCUGAAUUUUGUAUUCCAGAAAUCCCUAGGAAUUAUCUAGGCAAGACAGAUGCUGUAAAGGCACCAAAAUAUAGACAAAAUGGCAGAUUGCUAGUGUUUGAUCCAAAGGAAAAAGUGAUGAUUGAACCAAAUGAAACAGUGUCAGAUAAAUGCUUCUUUGGACGAAGACCAAGAUUGGCCAGCAAACUUUAUACUUCCGCAGUACAAGUUUCUCUAAAUGUAGCUAGGACAUUCUUAGAAAAGAAAGAAGUCUCUUCAAAAAAUAUUGAAAAUAAAGUCUCUUUAAAGAAUAUUGAAAAUAAAGUAUCUUCAAAGGGUAUUGAAAAUAAAGAUACAGAAAUAAAUCUACAGUCUAAGCUAUGGUCAUCUUCCUUCUUAAAAGAAAGCACAGGUGAAAUGGGCAAAGAUACAGUCAUUGCAAAGCAGGAGAAAAAUAAUGAAUAUUGCCUUCAGGAUAUCGAUGAUAAAUUGUCCAAAUCAACAGAUGAUGAUGGUGAAGAUGACACCAAUGAUGAAGACGAUGAAGACAGUAACCCGAAUAAAAAUACUCAUGCCCCAUUAGAGUUAAUGGCAGAAUUCCUGAGAGCAGAAAUGAGCCAAGACUACCAUUUGGCAAAAAAAUUAUGUCAGAUGAUCCUAAUCUAUGAACCAGAAAAUCCUGAGGCCAAGGAGUUUUUCUCACUUAUUGAAGAAAUGUUGCUGAUGGAGAAAGCUCAAAAUCUUGAGGAAGAUGAUCAAGAUAGUGAAGAAGAGAGUAGCGGUGAGAGUGAAGGAGAAAGCGAGGAGCUGAGUGAAGAAAGCUCGGAUGAAUGUGAAGACGAGUGAUGAAAGGUGCUACUAGGGUUUUGUCUUCAUGUAACUUUAUUACUGUAAACCAUUGAAAUAUAAAGAAAAGAGCUGCAUUUUAGUCUA